CUGAUCUGAGCACAGCGCGCUCCCCCUCCACACAGCAUUUCCACUUCAACACAGCGACCAGCGGUUUCGUCUGCUGAGCGAAGUUGAGCCAACACGCCGGGAAACGCGCUGCUUGGAUUCAUGUGGCACCUCCAUGCUCGCGGUCCUCUUUUCUGCGGCAUCGGGGGACUUUUAAUCAUUGUCGGUUGCGAUAGAAACCCUUUCUACUUUAGGAAAUGUGUUUGUAGACACUAAUAGUUGAGUUGCAACCAUUAAACGCCCGGCCAAUCAGCCAUUAAGUACCUGCGGAUCCACUGCAGGGGAGUUUUACCAGCAAGCGGGAUACUGCAGAUAACCUCAAACAAUAAGGAUCUUCCUAGAAGUGAACAAUGCUCAGACUAGAGACUAUCAUCUGCACUUUUUCUGUGCUGUCUGUUGCAGCAAGAGCAGAUUUUAAGGCACGGAACUGCAGCGAGGUGAAGGAGGCUUGUAUCGGGAAAGGCUUCAGCUUCGCACAUGUUCCUCUUCAGGAGAUCCCAGGUGAACAUCUUCGUGUAUGUCCUCAGGGAAACACUUGUUGCACCCAGGAAAUGGAAGACAACUUUGGCCAACGGAGUAAACAGGACUUUGAGAAUCUGGUUGAUGAAAUGAGUCAUGAAUUGAGAAGCACCUUUGUUUCCAGACAUAAAAAAUUUGAUGAAUUCUUCCUGGAGCUACUGGACAACACAGAGAGGUCCCUGAAUGAGAUGUUUGUGAGGACUUACGGCACACCUUACAUGCAGAACUCAGAGGUCUUUGAGAACCUGUUUGCCGAGCUGAAGCGCUAUUACACAGGAGGAAAUGUUAACCUGGAGGAAAUGCUUAAUGACUUUUGGUCGCGGCUGCUGGAGCGUAUGUUCACGCUGCUCAACUCCCAGUACGUCAUCACUGAGGACUAUCUGGAGUGUAUCAGUAAGUACACCGACCAGCUCAAGCCCUUUGGAGACGUGCCCAGAAAACUCAAGGCUCAGGUUACCCGGGCAUUCAUCGCUGCACGCACAUUUGUCCAAGGGCUCUCUGUUGGCCGGGAGGUGGCCCAGAGAGUGUCUAAGGUAAGCAGCACUCCAGCAUGUAUCCGAGCACUGACCAAGAUGCUGUACUGCCCCUUUUGUCAGGGCAUGCCAGCAGUUAAAUCCUGUAAGAACUACUGCCUGAAUGUCAUGAAGGGCUGUCUGGCCAAUCAAGCUGAUCUGGAUCCAGAGUGGAACCAGUACAUUGAUGCCAUGCUGCUGGUGGCACAGAGGCUGGAGGGACCUUUCAACAUUGAAUCUGUCAUGGAGCCUAUUGAUGUCAAGAUUUCAGAGGCCAUCAUGAAUAUGCAAGAUAACAGUGCCCAGGUCUCCUACAGGGUUUUUCAAGGCUGUGGCCAGCCAAAACCCGCAGGAAUGACUAGGUCUACCCGUGGUGUUUCGGAUGUGUUCAACGCUCGCUUCAGGCCGUACAGCCCAGAGGAGCGGCCUACCACUGCAGCUGGCACAAGCCUAGACAGACUGAGGAUUGUUUGGAAUGCGAUGCAACACAGUGUGGUUGACAUAAAAGAGAAACUGAAGCUGUCAAGGAAAUUUUGGUCGAACCUGCCUGAGGCGAUGUGCGUGGAGGACAGAGUGACCGCUGGAAAUGCCAGCGAUGAGGAGUGCUGGAAUGGACACACCAAGGGCAGGUACUUCCCUGAAGUUCAAAAGGAUGGACUGACCAACCAGGUGAAUAACCCUGAGGUGGGUGUGGACAUCACCCGCCCAGACACCUUCAUCCGCCAGCAGAUCAUGGCUCUGAGGGUGAUGACCAACAAGUUGAAAAAUGCCUACAAUGGCAAUGACAUCUACUUUCAAGACUCAAGCGAUGAAGGCAGUGGCUCAGGCAGUGGCAGCGGGUGCACAGAGGUCUGCCCCACAGAAAUGGAUGGUGCUGCCACUGAAGCCCCAGUCGUGGAAGCCGACCGGAGCGGGCCUGUGCAUGGUUCUGCCCCGCUCCGUGCACCCUCUGUAGCCCUGCCAACUAUGCUGGCCCUCUCAGCCCUGGCACUCUACCGACAAUGGAGAUAAUGCUGGAGGAACAAGCUAAACAUGGACAGCAGGGUUUGUUUGUUUUUCUUUUUUGCAGUUUUUGUAUUCAGGCAGAUUUGAGUCAAGCAGACAGUAUUCAAGCUGCCAGCCUCGAGGCUAGAGGAGUCUGCUCUGAAAAAGAGAGCAGUCAUGCAUCGUGAUUUCCCACUUUCCCAAAGAUCGCAGUGCCAUCCUUAGACUUGAUAUUUUAUGGCAUCACUUCACCAUCUAACACUGAUGCCAACCCAACAAACUCUGCUUCAGAGAUUUCUUGCACAUAUGGCAGGUGUUAAUGUAGGUCUCUGUGUGGAAAAAUAUAACACGCACUUUGAUUGUUUUGAUUUUUUUUUUUAAUGCAAAAAUUGUUUGUGUUAAAAAAUGUUUGAAAAUGUGGUUAUUUGAUGCACCUAAAAGAGGCACAAUAAGUUUAAUAUAUGUUUAACAUUAUAUUUUGAAACAAAUAUAAAAGGAUAAUGAUCUAAAUGACAGAAAAUUCAGGAACAUGUGGUUUCCACCUAAAAGUUUAAUUAAAUCUGUGUUCCAUUGUCAUUACAUCAUGUGCCAAUAAUAGAUUUUUGAUGAGAAGUGAAUGAAUAUCCAUCAAAGUUGUCAUAAAUCCAUGUUUGUUUUUAGAUCAGAUGCAGCCACUGAAUCAUGUUGCACAAUGAUUUCAACCAUGACUGGUCCUGGAUCUGCUCUGCUCUUAGCUCUCCACUGAAACUGUUCAACAGCUGCCUUGUGCUAAAACUCACAUUUUGUUAAAAGGGAUAAGAUUGACAUUUUUAUAUUCUCAUUUGCCUUGCAACAAAUGUAUUAUCUGCAAAAUAUUCUCAUAUCAUGCUGGUUUCUCAGGCUUGGCUUCAGGAUUAUACAGUCUGGACAGAAUUAAUUUGAAGAAAUUAUUGACACACAGAGAAGGUACCACCAAUAUACCAGUAAUGCCACCUUAGUGAUGUUGGCUCUGUACUGUUGUAGGGUGCAUGUCCUGGUGUGUAAUCAAUUAAUACAUGUCACAGGAGGCUAAACUAAUUCUAAUCCUCACUAAUACAUAAUGAUUGAUUGAUAAUAUAUUUCAGUUUGGUUUUUUUAAUCAUGUUUUUUAAUUUAUGUUUCGAUGAAGUGAGUUGUUGCCCAGUGUGUUUCCAACCACUUUGUAGCAUCAGUGACCUGCAUGCAAAGCCACCCAAUAAAGAUAGAUACAAAUCAUCAAUUUCUGAAAGAUAGUUAAAACGUUCUUUAACAUACUCUGCUGACAUUAUAAAGCCUUAUAAAGAAAGUCCUACACAGUAAUGGAAAAUCAUGGCCUUGGUCUGUAUAUGUGUAAAUGGACAUGCACACUGCAGUAUGAAAGGCACACCCUUUCAAUACAGAACCACCAUCACUGAAGGAACUCUUGUGCUGCUGUAAUAUUUAUAUUAAUUUACAUUGGGGCCUAUGAAGUUUUCUUCUGCAUCCUCAGAAUAGUCUACAAGUAUUUCCACAAAUAUUAAACAUUUUUGGAAGUUCCAGGAAUUCUGUAUUUACCUAUACAGGAACAACAGGAACAAAAAAAGGUGUGUUUGCUACUUUUGCAUAUGUGAUUGAAUAGCCAAAGCUUAUCCUGUAAAUGAUUUCACAGUGUAGAUACAAUAGUCAUUGAAAUGUGCAUUGUAGUGUUUAAAAAGCUAAAAAAAAAACGAAAUACUGGCAGACAGUAUUAAAAAGUCAAGUUAAAUGUUGUUAUUUCUGAAAAUGUAUUACCACAGUUAUGUAAAAGGUGAGGAAGUAGCAAACAGCACACAGUGGUUACUGGAAAUGCAAAGAAAGGGUCCCUAAAUUUAUCUGUAAAGGUUGAAUGGUUAUGUCUGCAGCACAGACAGGCUUGAAGCCGACCACAGUCACCUGUGAAAUGAGAAUCUGUGGAGACUGGACAGGGCUGAUUGCUUCAGUGAAGCUCCUCAGUAGAGCGUACUUACAGAGAAUGUGAGAGGCCUGGCACUGCUGAGGGGGGCGGACAAAACCAGCCUGUAUGUACGUCCACUGUUCUCUGAGAGCCCAUCAGUUCCCUAACCACCAGGCCAGCUAAGCUUACAUAUCCAAGGAAUGUUAUGCCCUUAGCAGUAUAUCAAUUAAUGAGCUUUUCAUUAUUGCAGUUACAUCUGCAUUUGCAUUCACAUUGCAGGAACAACACUAUAGAAAAAAUGUCAUUUAAAAAGGAUUCUUUAUUGAAUAUUGAUCUUACAGGAUGCCCUUUUUAUGUUUUGUAUCAUUGAAGUUUUAAUGGUAAUAUUUUUGCAAUAAAAUAUUGAAAAUGGA